AUGAUCAUAUUGAUUUUGUUUUACACUUGUUAUGCUUACCAUCAUUAUGGAACACUUCAAAUUAAUCAGACAUUAAAUUUAAAUACUAAUUUUACUCAAUAAGCUCCUAGCAUAAUCAUCAAAUUUUAAUUACCUUAGAAUAGAAACAAAGAUUCUAAAGUGGCAUGUUUUGUGUCAAACUUAAAUUUAGAAUCAAAAUCAUUCGACAUAGAUAAUUUAAAUAUUUAAUAGGAAAAUAAAAUUGUUUAUGAUUUACAUAGUAUACAAUCAAAUAGUGAUUCUUAACUCAUAGAGUACUAUUAUUUCAAUACAAUCUACUUGAUUUGUUAAUCAUAAUCAACUAAUCUAAUUGAAUAUUAAUUAACUUAUAAAGAAGAAUAAUAUAAUAAGGGCUGCAUUAAUGAUUGUUAGGGCUAUAAUGAUACUAAAUCCAUUAGUUAAUCUUAUUGUCAAAAUAAUUUUUGUGAAUGCCAAAUUAAUUAAAUUGGUUUCUUUUGUUAACUAUAAUCAAGCUUUAUUUUGAGUAGCAAUGAAUAAGAUAUUACUUUAAAUGCAUACUCGUGGAUCUUUUUUUAUUAUUAAUAUAAAAGCCUAGAUUUAUAAUUAUUAUCUGAUAUUCCUAAUGAUGAUAAAACUGUAUGUAAAUUUGUAUUAAUCUAUAUUUAGUAUAUAGUUUGACCUAAAGAUAAAUUCCUUAAUUACAAAUUCCCAAUUUGUCUCAUAGCAAAGUCUUAAGCAAUAGCACUUCUUUAUAGGAGGAACUCUCUUAAUUAAAUGACAGUUAGUUCGAUAGCAAUAUUCUUUAUAUAGGAUUAUUUAAUAAUAAGUCUUAAUAAGCCAAAUUUUAAAUUACAAUUAUAUCUAAUGAAUCUACAGAUUAUGGAUAACUUGAAAGGAAUAAAAUAAUAAUAAUAGCAGUUGGAUCAGUUGUGGGAGUUUUAUUGUUAAUAACUUGUGUUUUAAGUUUUUUGAAAACUAAGAAAUUAUAAGCAUAAUAAUAAGCUCUUCGCAUGAGGUAAGAAAGGAUUCAUUAAAUCAAUCUAGAAAUAAUACCUAGAUAAAAAUAAGAUUCUGGUAAUAUUAUAUAUUAUUUUGAGGGUUUACUUAAAAAUUUAUUAAAGAUUAUUUUGGAGUCAUUUCUUAUAAAAAACUUGUACAAUUAUAUCCUGGCUUAAAAUAAUUUGAAGAAUGUGUUAUUUGUUUAGAAUCAAUAAAAAAUGGAUAAAAAAAAUAAUAAAGAAGUUGUUCUGUAACACCUUGUUUUCAUAUCUUUCAUUAAAAAUGUUUAAGUUCUUGGUUAGAAAAAUAAAAAAAUUGUCCAUUUUGUAGAGCUGAAUUUUCUACUGCAAUUAUUCAAAAAAAAUAUCCAUGGCUUGAACUUAAAUAAUAAAGAGUUAAUAAUAUUUCCCAAAGUGAUUCAAAAUAUAUUAAAAAUAUAAAACAAAAUUCUAAUACAGAUCAAUCUUAAGAUAAUUAAUUAAAUGAAAGUUAAUAAGAAUUAGUAGGAAAAGAUAAAAUAAUUGUAGAUUUAUGA